UGCCGUAGGGGUGGAGCUAGAUAAACGACUUAACAAACAUGGCGGUUGCAGAGAUGAACUUUUGACAGUCAUAGUUUAGAAAAGCUGAAUGGAAGUAUGAAACACAAAAAUCCGAAGAGCACCAAACUGGGAGGCAGAAGGAGGAAAGCCUCUAGUGAUGUAUGUCCAUCCACAAGCCUUCCACCAUUGGUAGAAGGUCAGCUACGUUGCUUUUUAAGAGUUACGGUCAGCAAAAUAUUAUGGACAGUCCAGAAGCCUCCUACUGCUCCAUAUGUCAGACUCAGAUGGUGGGGGGAGUCAUCAGACGGGACUAUUUUCCGCCCCAGAGAUGGUCUUCAGACUGAACAAAGAGAAAUAAAGACAACUGCUCGUUUUGCCAUUCGAUGUGGUCCAAAACAGUUUACAUCUUACCUCACAGAUAUGGGAAUGCUUGUGUUAGAAGUGAUGACAAAACUAGAUCAUCUUCCUUUGGGUCGUGUACAAAUAAAUGGGAUUCCAAAGUUGUCUCCAACAUAUUCCAUAAGUGGAUUUUACACAAUAGUUUCACCUACAUCUGAAAAACUUGGAGAAAUACAGGUAUCACUUGCGUUGGAACCACUAUCUGAAACUUAUGACAGCAGCAGCCCAGUACCCACUACUGAUACAAGUAUAGAUACAGUUCCAGCAUACUUCCCAAAGUCACUUAUUGGUUCAAGUGCAGCAAAUACACCAAGAGGAAGAGAUCAUUUAUACUUCCAGGAAAAUGGUAAAACAUCAAAGGGUUUACCUCCAGAUGCAAAAGUUGAACCUGUUUUAGAAAAUGUCAGACAAACAUUUAACCCUCAAAAAUCAGAGUUUUCUCGAGAAGUGAAAUCAGGUUUAUCAAGAGAAAUUUCUACAAGGAAUGAAAAGCCUAUAAUACAAGCAAGUAGUAAUGCAUCCAAAGACCUUAUUUCAGUGCUUCUAGACCGUGGGAACAAACUCAGGAAUGCAAUGGUGGUGUCUGCAUUACAAUCCAGCCUGGAUUUAAACUCCGCUAAUCAAGAUAUUCCAAUAAUGCCAAAUAAUUGUGACACCACACCACGCCCAGAAGGCCAUGUGGUAUCAUCAGGGAAUUUGUUUAAAAACCUACUUGAAUCCAAGAAUAAUGCUACAAACUCAAAUGUGUUGCCUUUGUCAAAUUAUCCAGACAAAGAAUUGCCCACAGACAUUGAAAACAGAGCCAUUCACUUGCUUUUGGGCAGUGUAAGUUCGCCUACUUUAAACUGCUGGGAUGAAACUGCCUCUCCACCUGACUCUAUAUCUUGUGCCAGUAGUAUUUAUAAUGACUGUGAACCAAGUAAUCCUCUUUAUGAUGAGAGCUUGCUAGAGAAACUAUUCUAUAAUCUUCCUAAGUCUGAUACUAGUGGUACUGAUUUAAGCAGUGAAGGUGAAGCAGAACAAUCUGUUGUUCUAAAUCAUGUGGCAAGAAAGGAAACUCCAGAUGAGCUUAGUGAGGUUUCUACCAAGUUAAAGACUGCAAGGGAGCAAAGAUCAAUAAUUGCUACCAAGGAAGCAGAGCCAAGAUCUUCAGUUGAUCUUAGUGUUGAGCAGUUAGCCAGUCUGGGUCAGAUUUCUCUUGCAAGGUUAACCAUUGAAAAUUUGAAAAUUCCUCCAGAUAGUGAUCAGUCCACACCAUUACAAAAGGCUCAAAAAGGAAAACCACCAAGGCCUCGAUCUGCCCGAAAAUGCACUUAUUUUGUGGAGUAUCACUUUCCAAACACAUCUUCCAAAGGUGAAACUGGAAGAGCUGCAAUGGCUACGGAAGUGACACGAGCAGUCUCUAGCAAAAUUGUUGGAGGAGUGGUAAAAUUUCAGCAUCGCUCCAACUAUCCUGUACAUUUCAGUGGUUUAGUAAUUGAACAGUGGUGGAACACAGAUUUGGAAUUCAAAAUAUAUGCAAGGAAAAGUACUCAAAAAAAGCCUGUUCCUUUCGGGAAAGCAUAUUUUCCAUUACGGGAUGUCAUGCAGUCUGAACUGUUGCGUUUAUCAUCUGAGCUGACUAUUGUAGGGUUGAUGGAAGACAGUGAAAAGCAGCAUUUUGGUUCUUUGACGGUUUAUAUUGAGCUAAAUAAGGAAAAUAAAGAUUUACAACUAGUUAAUUCCGGCACCACAGGACCAGACAAGUCAAAACUGUGUGAUGCAAGUGGUGCCCAGCAAAAUGAAUUUCUUCAAGUGGAUUAUAAAAAAAGACAGUAUUAUAUCUCUGAUGGUGUCACUGGCUACAGUACCCAACCUAGUUCUCCAAAAAUGCAAGUACACAUGGACAGUCCUCAAAUUCUAAAUGAAGAACCAAGAAAAAAUGUGAUACAAGCAACAGAUACACAAAAAGACUACAGUUUAUGUCAGCAAGUCAACUAUGACUGCGAAGAAGAUGACACUUUGUUUCAUGUCUUGUUGAUGGUUCCAGAGGGAAAGGAUUUUUCUUCAGGGUCAAUGAAGCCCUAUAAUGUUUAUUUGAAUUGCAAGUUUUUUGGCACAGAAGAAGUCACUAGAUCCCCUGUGAUAUGGGGUCAAAGUCAACCAGCUUUCAGUUUCCUGCAGGUGACCCCACUAACCAUAUCUCCAAGACUUUUGGAGAGAAUGAAGAAUAAUGUGAUGGUGAUUGAGGUGUGGAAAAAAGGUUCUGGCACAAGUCAGGAUACUCUGCUUGGCUUGACUAAACUCCCUCUGCAUCAGUUUUACAUGUCUUUUAGAGACCCCAAGGUUCGCCAUCUCCUACUUCAGGCUCAGUAUCCAGUAGUUGGAGUAGACAGUUAUAUGCCAGUUAUUGAUGUUUUUGCUGGCUGUAGUCGAGGCAGUCUAAGAGUCCUGUUAGCUAUGGGCUCAGGGGAGCAAAUUAUAUCAUUACAGCGUUUAAAAACUGAAGAAGAGGCACCAGACUAUGUAAUUAAAAGACCUUCUCAUUUCUUAGACCAGUUGCCUAACACUCCAUCAAUGAUUGAUAGAAAGGAAACAUCAAGCAGGGAACAUGUAUUUGAAAUUAAAGUAGAAAAAGUAAAAGGACUAAUACCACUACAAUCAACUGUCUGGGGAGAAGCAGACUGCUAUGUUCAAUACUAUUUUCCAACCCAGGACCCAGAAAUGGACUCUCACAUUUUGGAAGCAGCAGUACAUUUGCACCCAUAUCGAACCACUACAACAUUGUGUGUGCCAGACCCUGUUUUCAAUGACUGCCAGACUCACUGUCUUGUAACACCUGCAGAAGUCCCAGUGCAAAGACUACUGCUCAGUGCUUGCUCCAGCCAGGGAUUAUCAGGAGGUGGUGCCAUCAACUUUGAAGUGUGGUGCAGGUAUUAUUACCCUAAUGUAAGAGAACAAGUGGUGGCCAGAGGUAUUCUCCCUUUGUCCAAGCUUUGUGCCAUGGUAACCAUGCAGAGACAUCAGAAUUCUGGAGCUCAAAAUUUUAGUCUUCCCCUUACUCCAAAAAUAGACAGCUCAGACAGUGAUAGCCACAUUCAACCUACAGGUUUAAUUGAUAUCUUCAUACAGUACAAGCAAGUGCUAAAGACAGAUGAACAGGCUAAGACUGGUGCAUUGUCAUCCCGUGCUGUUUCUGUGGUGGUCCAAGUUCACAGGGCAAUGGGUCUGCAGGCUGCUGCACGAGCUAUUGCUGAAAGGGACCACUCAUUUCAAUACCCUGCCGAUGUGGGAGUCAACGCUUAUGUUGAAAUGCAACUGUCCUUCUUGCCAGAAAGUGAAAAACGUACUACAAGAGUUGUUGCUAAGAGUUUCUGCCCCGAUUUUGAUCAUCACGUUGAGUUUCCAUGUAAUUUAAUGAUUCAGAGAUCUAGUGGUGAAUCUUUUAGUUUGGCAGAGCUUUGUGAAUCUGGACAAGCAAUAUUUACUAUAUGUCACCGUGGUAGUACAUACAUUAAUGCAAGCAGAAGAUCAAAGGACACUAUACUGGGAACAGUAAAAGUACAUUUGGCUGACUUGGUCCAUAAGCGGGCAGGUAUUUCCGGAUGGUUUGCUGUCUGUUUACUUCAUAGCAACACUUCAGUGGAGUCAUGUUUACAGAACUUUGGUGGUGGGCUCGAAGUGUCUAUCGGCUUCACUCAUCAUUUUGACAGAGAAAGGGUCAUAAGAGUUGCAAAAAGCAUGGGCUGGAGUGCAGGAUAUAGUGAAAAAGAUGAAAGUGAUGAUUGCGAUCUAACUGAACAAGCCCUGGCAAUUCAAAUUGGAAUACCUCGACUAUGGCUCCCCUUGCAUUGUCUGUUACUUGUAGGAAAGAGAAACCUGGAAAGGUCAACAUACUGUUACACAAGAUACAAAUUUUAUGACAAAGAAGCCUUAAACUCCUCACUUCGACAUCCAGUGAAUGAUGAUGAUGAAGUAACUACUGUGACCUUUAAAGAUACCCAGACAGUUGAGGUGUUGAGAAACCAGUGCUUCCUUUGGUAUCUGAAAGAGGAGAAACUGGAAAUACAAGUGUGGGUUGCUUUUGGUAAAGAGAGAAGGCAUAGACCUCAUGAUACGGAUCGUUUAAUUGGCUCUGCUUAUAUAGACCUUUCUACACUGGCAAAGAAACCUUGGAAAAAGCAGACAAUCAGUGGUGUUUAUCCACUUUUUAAAAGAGGUGCAUCAGAUUUGUCAGGAUCAGCAGUCAGAAUUCACAUCUCCUUUGUACCAGUUGGCUUCACUUCUAUCAAGGAACCACCUUUGCCAUUCAAAAACAGUUAUGUAGAGGAUAUACUUGAUAAAGAGGAUGAAAGAGGUCAUAUAGAUACAUUCUUUGAAAGUGAUGAUUCUACAGACCUACAGAAAAAUAAAACAUUAAUAGACACUGCUGAAAGUGUCAGUAUUUUGAAGGUUGACCUCAAAAACACCUUUGCUGUGAACAUUACAAUUGAAAGAGCCAUGCAUCUCAGCCUCAAAGGCUGCCCCUUAAUAGAACGUAGUGGUGUAAAACCAAGUUGCUGUGUAUCAUGUGCUACUGCAGACACUUUGAAUCCUGUGAUUACACCUGUCAUUGAGGGCACAGACUCUCCUAUCUGGGACUACCAACAGCGAACACGGCUUUCAAAGGAGGUACUGCUUGAUCCACAUCAGUGUUUGGUUUUCAAGGUCUGGCAUAAAGCAGAUGUGGAAAGAGUAAUUGGGUUUGCCUCAGUAGAUCUGUCUCCAUUGCUGUCUGGUUUUCAGUCUGUGUGUGGCUGGUACAAUAUAAUUGACUUCAGUGGUCAGUGCCAAGGUCAGAUCAAAGUGGGCAUCACUCCUCAGGAGCCUGUCCAUGACCUUAAAGAAAAAAGAGCUGCAACUGCUGAAACAACAGAAAAAGGAGCUUCUUUUCAAGUACCAUCAUUGUCAUACCAAACAUCCGCCACUUACAAUAGUUUCCCAACUCACAUAACACGAUAUCCAGAACAGCUGAUUAAUACUUCAGUGAGAAGUGGUGAGGCCUCAUUGUCUGAGAGGCUGCCGACACGACACAAUCUACAUAUGGAUGAAGUGCGUAGAUUCCAUGAGAAUUUACAGCAGGGUCUCCGGCAGAGCUCAUUGGGCACUCAAGAACAUCCACCCAAAUCCACCCUUUUUACAGCUCUCAGGAAAAACCUCAGUGAAUUAGAAGACAUUCAAAGAUACUUCAAUGAAAAGCUGUCAAACACAUUUCCUAAUUUUUCCAAUCUUGAUGCCUCAGCAAGUGGAAGUGAACACAACAUUCAACAGCUUCAAAGUUCUCAUGAUCCUGAAGGAGCAGAACUUAUUUCAAAGUCAGCCAAGCUUGUGAGUGAAAUGAACAGUUUGAUUAGUGGAUUAAAUGAAAGAUCACAAGGGAUCAUACCUGAACAGCAUGUUGCUUCACCUCCCAACAACAGUGGCAUUUUUGAAAUUCCAGUGCCUCUUCAAAGCCAUAACAAGGAAAAUACUUUAGAUGUUCAUUUAGAUUUGCAAGCCAUAAACAUCAGUGAAAAUAUCAGCAAUUCAGCGUCGUCAUCUCUAGUUCAUGAAGAGGAAGCUGAACAAAAUUCACCCCAUGAAGAAAGUUUGUUACUGGAGCUUGAAAGGGAAGAGGAGCCAUGCACUGAUGAAGAAUAUGAAGAAGCAGUUAUCCAGCCAAUUACUUUAAAUGAUGUAACAGCACUGACAGAUAAAACAAGUCCUUGGUCAAGUCUAGUGUCAGAACCUGAACAUUUUGCUGAGCAACCAGAGGGAGCUGGUGAGCCAUUUUCAGAGCAGAAUGUUGCUACAGAAGGAGAGCAAAGGUCAGACACCAGUCCAAUGUCGGACAGCCUGGAUGAUGAGAACCCUGGCUCUCCAAAUAGUGCUAUUACUACAGUGACACAAGGUGUGAAUGAACCAGAUACAGUUACUGCUGAAGAUCUGGAAUCUGAAUUACCUUCUGUUUCUUUUCAACCAGCCUGUAAUGUGGAAGAAAGCAACUGUUCAGAAAUUCAUGUUUCCUUUUUGGAUGAUGAUAGUGACCAAUCCACUAAAAUAUCGGAUGUUGUUGUUAUUCCAAACUUCUUCCUACCGACUUCACAUUUGGAGGCAUCCAUGCGUGCACUAAGCGUUACAAAUACCUGCUCAUCUGCUAGUUCAGCUAACGUCAGUCAUGGUCAGGAAAAGGAACAUUUCAGAAGACCCCGACGACAAAAGCCUAACUUGCAUUCUUCAACUAUCAGCAAAGAAGAAACGGGCCGAAUAGCCAAGAUUUUUGCUGCACAGUUUUCAGAUAAAAAAUAAUCGUAUUUUAAAUAUUCAUUUGCAGUAGUAUCUGGAUUUCUGUGAAAAUGUGUAUAUUUUAUAGAAAUUAUCAAGUUUUUAAAAAUAUUUUUUUCAUAUUUAUAAAUCUGUAAAUAGUAUUUUUAAUAAUAGUUUGUACACUAAUUAGGAUGACUCUAUAUUUGUACA